CCCCAGGACAGCAAGCAAUCUGAUGUAGGUUAAAUACGUGCCAUCCAGAAAAGUAAUUUUAUGCUAUAUACAUUGUGUUUUAGACAAACUACUGUAACACACUUAAUAUGUACACACUUUAGUAUAAACAAUUUUUAUAUGCACCGGGAAACCAAAAAAAAAAAGAAAAAAAAAAACAAAUCUUGUGGCUUGCUUUGUGCAAUUUUCACUUUACUGUGGUGGUCUGGAACAGAACCCCACAGCACCUCCGGGGUCUGCUGGUGUAUGGGAAUGCUUGUUACCUUCCCGUGGCUUAGCCCUGCUGCUCUCUGACUCGGCUGGGCUGUCCCUGGGGGAGGACUGGACGCAGCUCAGAGGUGUUUCCCUGUGGCUUCAUUCUCCUAAUCCCUUGGUCUGAGGCUCUCCUAGGGUGAGAACCCAGGCCUGGGCUGCUCUUGGGAAGCAUUCAUUUCUACAGCCUUGUACUUUUCCUCCCUCCUUCUCCUUUGUCUGCUGGGGAUUUUCAACAUCUGCGGCCCAUUUUCCUGAGGCUUCUGGAGGAGUCUUGCCAAAUCUAAAAGCCAGUGACAGUGUUAAUGAUGAGUUAUAGCCUAAAGCUUGCACUCAAAUGUUUGCAUUUUUAAGGAUUUUUUUUAAGGAAGAUUGGGUACCUUAAUUGGGUACCUUGAAUUAAGGUACCCCAAAGGAGUUAGGCUCAGAUGGGUAGAGAGGGGCUGCUCUGGUCCCACAGACAGGGUGAGAAGGUGGAGUGGAUUGAUCCUCGCCUCAAAUGCACGUCCUGCAGAGGGGCCAAGAAUCUCAUUUCAUCUUCCUGACCUUCUGUCUGCACCCUGGAAGUCACCGGGUGUGCCCUGCUCAGCCAGCCUGGCUCCAGCCCUGGUAUUAGCAGCCAGAUGAUUCAGAGCCCACACCCCAGGGUGCUCACAGCCCCCGCUCUCAUCUUGCCAUCUCAGGUUUCACGCUUGGCUCUGCUGGCUGCUGAGAUCACCAUUUGUUGCUCUCCUCAGCAGACAGGUCCCCGCGUCUCCCUCCCGAACAACCCGUUGGCGGUGCUUCUCUGACAGGAAGGACUGGGUCUGCAUGCUGAAGAAAAUGGGAGAAGCGGUUGCCAGAGUUGCCAGGAAGGUGAACGAGACGGUGGAAAAUGACUCCGACACUUUGGACUUGGCCGAGUGUAAGCUUGUCUCCUUCCCCGUCGGCAUCUACAAAGUGCUCUGGAACGUGGCCGAGCACAUUCGCCUCAUCAUUCUGGCCAACAACGAGCUCCAGGCCCUCACCAGCAAGUUCAUGAGCACCUUCAGCCAACUCCAAGAGCUCAACCUGGAGGGGAACGCUCUGCGCCGGCUGCCUGAUGAGAUCAGCACCCUACAGCACCUCAAGGCAAUUAAUCUGGCCCGGAAUCAGUUCCAGGACUUCCCAGAGAAGCUCACGGCCCUGCGGGCUCUUGAGACUAUCAACCUGGAGAAGAAUGCGAUUGUGGAUGUCCCUGUGGAGAAGCUGGCCGCCAUGCCGGCGCUGAGGAGCGUGAACCUGCAGCUCAACCCUCUGAGCCCCGAGGUGCGAGCCAUCGCCAGGCCCCUCAUCAAGUUUGACCUCCUCGUGUCCCCCGAAGGAGCCCGGAGCGAUUCCGCCCAGUAGGGGCUCAGGCCACCGGACCGGACUUCCAGAGGGGCGGAACCGAGGGGGCCGGGCACCGGAGCCUGGCACAGGGCCCAGCGGUCACCUCUAGGGGCAGGAGCGGGGAGGGUGUGUGUGGGCAUGCUGUGUAUGUAUGUGACAUGGGGGUGCUGGCAUGGCGGCCGGACCCCCAGAGCAGUGGUGGAGGAGGGGAGGGAUGGGGCCGGGCGGCCCUGAGCUUCUGGCAGAGAGGAUUGGCCCUGGUCAGCUUCUCCUUCCGUCCUAGGAAGUAGCUGGAGGGGAACGGAAAGUGGCCUAGGGUCCCUGCGGAGGAGCAGGAAGUGUCUAGGAGUCCCUGGGGGGGGAGCGAGAAGUGUCCUGGGGUCCCUGGGGGGACUCCUUCCCGUGGCCCUCAAGGGCUCCAGGCUCUGACCCUCCUACCUUACUGGGCUCUGGGAGGAAAGUGUUUUCUCCCUUCCCAGGCCCCUGGGGGAUCACUGUUCAUGGGGGUCUUCUUCCUGCCAAAGUACAGCCCCCCCAGACUUGUCCUUGAACAGAAAAGGAAACUGAGGCCUUGAGACAGACAUGGCUGACUCACAGUCACGGAGGCAGUGAGUGUCUGGGCUGGGUCCUGGGGUCCUGGCUCUGGAGCUGGGGGGGGGGGUGCAGUCUGGAAGAAACGGGCCCAGAGGGAGCCUGCAGGUGAUGAGUGUCAGGAUUUGAACCCAGGACCUCCAGCUCCAGCCAGGCCGUUUCAGCAUCAGGUCGCUCCCACCCCUUGCAUCCUCCAGCCCUUUGGGUCAGGGCUGGGAAGUGGCCGCCCAGGGGGGCCUGUGGUCCCAGGAGGGAGGCAGAGGGAAGUCUGGGUGACAUGGGGUGCUGCCCCCCGAGUCUGGCCUGGGCUCCCUGCUGGCCUCUCCCAAGCUAAGUGGGACUCUGCCUCUCUAAAUGAGAUCAUUUGUGAGCAUCUAUUAGGUGCUUCCUGCAUACCGGGCUGUUGGUCCCUGCUGGAGUUUACACGAGCACACAGAGACACAUAUGCAAAAUGCAUACAAAGUGAAUAUAACGUGCUGGGGAGGGGGGGAGCGAGCGGCUGCAGGAGGGGCUAGGGAAGGCCUCGGGUAGGAGGGGGCCGUGAGCUGCGGGCAGGCGGCCCAGCCGGGGCAAAGGCCUCCGUCCUGAGCGGUGCUUCUGUCAUCGGCCACAGCAUCUGCCCCCCACAGCUGCUCGCUGGGCCCGACGCCGGGCGCUGUGCCCUGACUGCCAGCGUGCCCGUGACCUCCGCCUCCUCCCUGGCACCAGAUGGCGGGCACUGGGUCGGGCGGCCCCAGGAGGCCCUUCCCCGGCGGCUCUGGGAGCGCACUGCUGUGGGCUCGAGCCCUGGCUCCGGCCCAGUGACCGAGGGCAAGUCACUGACUCUCUGACCCUCAGUGUCCCCCUCUGCAAGUGGGAGGUGGUCACAUGGACCAGCCCUGAGCUCUGAAAACUGGCUCCAAGUUCUCUAGAAAGGGGAGCGUGGGUCCUUCGGAGCUCCCCCCCCAGGUCCUCCCCAGAGACGGCAGAAAUGGGCCGGUCUCGUACAGAGAGUCUCUGACUGGGGGCAGGGGGGGGGGGGGGCACAUGGUGAGGAGCGAGGGGACGUCCCGGAUCCAGGAGGCCUCCCGGGCCCCCGCCUUUGGACCUCCCCCACCGACCCCAGUCUCUGGGUGCCCCCAAUGGCCCCCCCCUCCCCGUCAGUCACUCCGGAGUGACUCCUGACACACACACACACUCACACACACACUCACACUCACACUCACACCACUGCCUUGUGCCUUCCUCUUGACCUCUAGACAGAACCUCGGUCCCUUGUUCCUGGGGGUCCCUUGUUCCCGGCGGUCCCUUGUUCCUGGGGGGUCCCUGUUCCUGGGGCCUUAGAAGGACGCUCCCUGAGGGCAGGGGCCGGUCUUUGUUGGGCCCUUUUUCCCCUCAGUGCCCGGCACAGCGUCUGGCACAUAGUAGGCCCUUCCUAAGUCCAUGCUGCCUGCCUUCCUAUGUUCUCCUCGGCUCACCCUCCCCCACCAUCCCCAAGGGCCCAUUUCUGUGACCUUGUGCCUCGGGCCUCAGUCUGCUUAUCUGUAACAUGGGGGCUGCCAUCCUGACUGACCAGGCCAAGCCAGGGACAGGGGACUGCGGGAUGGGGGCCGGGGUCAGGGUCAGUCUGCCAGGGCUGAGGGUCAGGGCGGGGGGUCAAGGUCAGAGGCCCAGCCGGAUGUUUCUUGGAUGAUUUCUGCCCCCCCCCCCUCCCCCGAGGCUUGGAGCCUAACGUGUCACUAAAGUUCAGAGAGAAGAACCGAGGGGAAGUGACCGGUCCAGGACCAUGAGCCAUGACCGGACUGGCCAGAAGCCCCCCCGACCGUGGCUGCCCGGUCUUGUGCACAGGGUCUCUGCGUUGCCCGCCUCCUGGGCACAAGGACGGGACGAGUUGUGCCUGCGGGAAAGGAAAUCCCUCCCUCGCUGGCUUCUGGGGACUUGGCCAGAGGAGUCUUCCGGCGGACUCGUGGCGCGCUUGAUUAGUUUUGGGUUUGCAAUAAAGGACAUGUUGACUUGG